AGCGACGGGGCGGCCAUGCUGCCCGGCAGCGCCCCGCGCCGCGGGGACGCGGCGGGCUCCCCGGCGCUGCUCCGCCUCCCCGCCGCGCCGGGCGCCGCCGGCCUGGGCAGGAGCUUCCUCAUCGAGAACCUGCUGCAGAGCCCCGCGCCGCCCCCGCCGCCGCCCUUCCCCGCGCGCUGGCCCGGCCCCGCGCCCGCCCGCUUCGCUGCGGCGGCGCCCUCAGCUGUUUCCAAACACUUUUUUCUGCGAGCGCCGCCAUUCUACUCAGUAUGCUGUGGUGGGUCCUGUCAGCACCCUGCAUCCCCCACUGCUUUUCCAAGAGAGGAAAGUGUUCUGCCUCUUUUGACCCAGGAUUCCAACUCCAAAGCCCGAAGAGGUAUUUUAAGAAGGGCUGUCUUUUCUGAGGACCAGAGGAAAGCUUUGGAGAAAAUGUUUCAGAAACAGAAGUAUAUCAGCAAAAUGGACAGAAAGAAACUUGCCAUUACCUUGGGUCUAAAGGAGUCGCAGGUGAAGAUUUGGUUUCAGAACCGGAGGAUGAAAUGGCGAAACUCCAAAGAAAAAGAAGUGCUUUCAAACAGGUGCCUUCAAGAAGAGGGUCUUCAAGAGAACUACCUCUCAAGAUCCACUCUGAAUUUGACCUCCUCAUGCCCCUCUGUAUGGGAAGUGUCUCAAGAGCAGGCAAGUCCAAGAUGGCGGGAAAAAUCUCCAGAACCUGCAGAGAGACUGAGUAAUGGCCAUAGUGCACAACCUCCUCAAAGAGCAAAUUCAUUGCAGGGCACAUUGUAUGUGUACCCUGAGCAAGACACUGCAACCAAGGCAGUAACUUCUUCAGUAAUAAAGAAUGAUGGAGUUCUGUGAAUUGAUUGAAGACUGCUCAUUUGAAGCCUGUGUUCUUUUAAGAUUAACAGUGUUUGAACACUGUAAAGCUAACUAGUUUAUGCCUCAUCAGUUUCUGAAAUCUAACACCAUUAAAAUGACAUACAACUAA